GCACACACGCACACUUGAGCUAGCGCUGCCCUGGUCAGUGGCCCUGCAGCUCGGCACUUGGGCAGUGUGUUCCAGGACUGGCGUCCCUGACCAGGUUGGGGCCAGGAAGACCAUGGUUUCUCUGUCUGGGCCCCCUGCCACCAACUUAUUGCAGUUUUUGUUCCUGGGAUUGAGUACCAUCGUGUCCCCACUGCAGGCCGAGUUUCAGCUGUAUGUGCCCACUGGCCUCACCAAGUUGCAGGCUGUCGAGGGGGCGGAAGUGGUGUUCCCAGUCUGGUACACUAUGCCAGGGGAGCUGCCUGAUGCCCAGCCAUGGGAGGUGGCCAUCGUGCUCUGGUUCCACGAACAAAAAGGGAAAGAAUCAAACCAGCUAUUGUCACUUAUCAAUGGGAAGUUGUCAACCUCCACACCUCGGGUAUCCCUGGCUCAUGGGAUGUCCUCCCGGAACGUGUCCCUGAGCCUGCAAGCCCUCCAAGAGAAAGACUCCGGCUCCUACCGCUGUUCUGUGAAUGUACAAGACAGUGAAGGCACCAACCUGGGCAACGGGGUCAAAACCAUAGAGCUCAACGUGCUGGUUCCUCCAGCUCCUCCAUCUUGCCAUCUUCAGGGGGUACCCCGUGUGGGGGCCAAUGUGACCUUGCGCUGCCAGUCCCCGCGAAGCAAACCUCUUGCACAGUACCAGUGGGAGCGGCUCCCCCCAUCCCCCAAGGUUUUCUACCCACCAGUUUUAGAUCCUGCACGUGGGUCUUUAACCCUCACCAACCUUUCUAGUGCCAUGUCUGGAGUCUAUGUCUGCAAGGCCCAGAACAUGGUGGGAAGUGCCCAGUGCAAUGUAACCCUGGAAGUGAGCACAGAGCCCAGGGCUGCAGUGGUUGCUGGAGCAGUUGUGGGUACCCUGGUUGGAUUGGUGCUGCUGGUUGGGCUCGUUCUCCUGUACCAACGCCGGGAAAAGGCCCCAGAGGAACUGGCCAAUGAUAUCAAGGAGGACGCCACUGCUCCCCGAACCCUGCCCUGGCCCAAGGGCUCAGACACACUCUCCAAGAAUGGAACUCUUUCCUCCGUCACCUCAGCGCGAGCCUUCCAGACAUCCCAUGGCCCUCCCAGGCCUAAUGUAUUGACCCCCACACCUAGUCUCUCUAGCCAGGCCCUGUCCUCACCAAAACAUCCCAGGACAAAAGAGGUCCCCCCUCAGCCGGUAUCCCUGAGCCCUGGUGGCGUUUCUUCAUCUACCCUGGGCCGGAUGGGUGCUGUACCUGUGAUGGUGCCUGCCCAGUAUCAGGCUGGGUCUCUAGUGUGACAACUCAGGCAAGCAAAGGGCAAACGAUCUGGUGUCUCUCCUAUCCUGUAGCACGGAAGCCUGGGUGUUUGGAGGAUAGCCAUACUCCACGCCUCCAGUCCUCUGCCCACAUCGUGCUUGACUGUGAGACAGCUGGGUCUCAGUAAUCCCAAAUGUCCAGGAGGGAAAAAGGAAAAGAAGAGGUGAACCUGGGGAUCAGAGAGAACCUCCCCCACCACCCCAGCUUGUUCCCCCUGUUUGUCUCUAUGAAGCCAGUUGAAUGCUGAGGAGAUUGGCUACCCUCUAAGAGCUGUGGAGGAGACUGCUAGCCAGUGAGUCCCUGGGUCCCUAGCCUCUGUGCCACGUUCUCAGCUAAUGCCAUCCUUUGUUGCUCUUAAACUGACCUGUUGGAUUGAAACCCCUUUGUACAUCUACUUAAUUUUUUUAAUUAAAAAAAGAAAAACAUUUCCUGCUUGCUCGGUUGAGUGUUUUGGGGGCACAGGUUAAGGAAGACAUGUUCAAAAUGAACUUAAAUUGUGAUUUUGUUUUGCAAAUUUCAAUAAAGACAUGAUGCAUUUGUAGAAAGAAAGUAUAAAGUUUGCCUUUUCGAACUGGAAAUUCUGAGAACUGGAGCUUCAGGCGUAGGUGUUUGG